AAGAAGGAUGCCGUUGUGUGAAUUAAAUGAGGAAACAAGAUGAACAAAAUCUGUUAACUCAGGGAGGGAGGGAGAGAAAAAAAAUGAAGGGAGGGGAAGAAAGAGUGGGGAAGAGCGAGUGGAGGAGAGAGAAAAAGAAGGGAGGGGGAAGAGAGACAGAAGGAAGGGCAAGGGAUGGGCCUGAGCCUGUCAGCAGCCUGAAGGGAAUGAGUGGCAAUGGCGGCACUGGCAGCAAGGAAGGGUCCAGGCAACCACUGCUGCUGUUUGGGGUUGCUGAGGCCAUUGUAAGAGGGAGGCAGUCAGGCAAGGGAUGGGCCUGGGCCUGUCAGUGGCCUGAGGGGAACGAGCGGCCAUGGUGGUGGCAGCAGCAGCGAGGAAUGGCCCGGUCAACCACUGCUGCUGCUCCUGAAGGGAGGAGCGGGAGCGGGGCUCCGGUGAGGGUGGGGAGGUCUCUGGGGAUAGGGGGCUGCAGCUUGGCCAAUAGGCGGCAGCAAUGCUGCAGCCAUGACCAAGAAGGGUGAGGAGGAUGGAAGCAACGGGAUGGAGGAGCAGCAGGAGUACAGCUGAGGUGAGGGUGGGGAGAUCUCUGAGGUGAGGGGAGCAAUCAAGUACUAACGCAGAGAUGCUCUAAAGUGUGCGAGAGUUCCAUCACUGAAGUGGAGAGAAAUAAUGCCGGCGGCCAGGAUGCAGAGAUGGUGGGCCAGCGGGCGAAGCCCCUCUGGCCAGAAGAGCUAGACUACUGCUCAAGUUUAAGAAAUCUGGAGAUAAUUUCUGAGAACAAGAAUUACAAAUUCAUCCAGGGGGAUAUCUGUGAGCCCAAUUUCAUAAAAGCAUUAUUUGAGACUGAGAAAAUUGAUAUAGUGUUACAUUUUGCAGCUCAGACAUAUGUUGACCUUUCAUUUUGGCGCAAACUUGAAUUCAACUAUGUUAAUGUUUAUGGAACUUAUGUUUUGGUUGGUGCUGCUUAUGAGGCUAAUGUGGAGAAGUUCAUAUAUGUCAGUACUGAUGAAGUUUAUGGUGGAAGCUGUGAUAAGGAAUUUGAUGAAUCUUCUCCUAAACAACCCACAAAUCCUUAUGCGACAUCCAAGGCUGCUGCAGAAUGCUUUGUUCAGUCUUAUUGGGAAAGAUACCAGUUUCCAGCGGUUAUCACGCGAAGCAGCAAUGUUUAUGGACCCCAUCAGUUUCCAGAAAAAGUUAUUCCCAAGUUCAUUUCUCUUCUACAACAGAACAGAAAAUGUUGCAUUCAUGGCUCUGGACUUCAAAGAAGAAAUUUUCUUUAUGCCAGUGAUGUAGCAGAAGCAUUCCUUACUGUAAUGAAGAAGGGACAGCCAGGUGAAAUCUAUAACAUUGGGACCAAUUUUGAGAUGUCUAUUACACAGCUUGCAAAGGAGUUAAUCCACCUAAUAAAAAAUACCAGUUCAGAAGCUGAGACAGAAUGUUGGAUGGAUUAUGUUAAAGACAGACCUACAAAUGACUUGGGAUAUCCAAUGGACUCUGGAAAAAUGCACAGCUUGGGAUGGAGACCUAAAGUACCUUGGAAAGAAGGAAUAAAGAAAACAAUUGAAUGGUAUCAAGAGAAUUUCCACAACUGGAAGAAUGCAGAGAAAGCUUUGGAGCCUUUUCCUGUUGUAGAAGAAUCUGUAUGAUGAUCUGCAGCAAAGCUGAAAAGAAGAAAUGAAGGAAACUAUUCUACCUCUCAAGACCACAUUGUUAUAAGAAAAAACUGUAUUAACGUUGCAACAGUGAGGGCCCCUUGUGUUCAGGAAAUAUUAAAUGUCAAAUAUCAAAAUUAUAAAUGAAGAAGCGGAAUAGAAAGGAAUUUUAGUACAGCAUAAUUUUGAUACAUUUUGGGGUCCAGCUUAAUUUAAUCAGCAUUCCAGUGCAAUACUGAAGUUUUAGAAUGAACAUGCACUCUUUAAAAAACAUAAAUUUUUGAAGAAACAAAGAAAAAUUUGUAUUACCAGUGUUAACAAUUUUUUUUAAAGUCUAAGAGGUACUUAAGAGAUUUUCUGUGAGUUAUAGAUUUCUGCAAUUUCAAAGAGUGGAGGUCUCUUCCUGACUUCUUAGAAGUCAUUUCUUAAUCACCUGUUCAUUUAAAACAGAAGAAAAACUUAAGAGUGCUGUGUAGUCUUUAUUGUAAUGUGAAGAAUGGGGGGAAUACCUCCCAUUGUUCUACAGAAGUGAUCAUUUGUAGAUAACCAAAGACUUUAGUGAAAUCAAGAAUACAGGCUGAAAAAUUAUGUAAAUGCCUUUGCCAAAUAUUUCACAGGGCUGCUCAACUCUGGCCCUCCUGCAGAUGUUGGCCUGCAGUUCUCAUAAACCCUGGCUGUUGGCCACUGGCUGGUGAUUAUGGGAGCUGUAGUUCAAAAACAGCUAGGGGGCCUAAAUUGAGCAGGCCUGAUUCAGAACAGCAGUAAUGCUUAUUACAUAUAAAUGUAACUUGUCUUCCUUUUUAUAAAGACUUUUUAAACCUA